GUCCAUAAACCUCUAGCGACAGGUUCUCUAAUCUCUAUGCUAAUCAGUGGUAAUUCAUCAAUAUUUUUUAUGAAUCUUAAUAUUACUCCCUAUUCUCGAAGAUAUUUUAAUGAAUAUAGAGAUAAUUUAAUAUUUAAUGCGCUAUAUGUCCUCUCAAAUUAACAAGAAACGGCUAUACACUACAUUCUCAUUCAUGCCAAUUGCCAAGGGUUUUGCAUUCGACACUGCUACUGCUACUGUCAAAUUCUGAAAGGGAAGAAGAUCCAUCAACAUACUUGCUGCGUUCUUCUCUAAUUUGAUUCGCUUUUAUAUGUGAUUUAUAUGGAUUUAGCUUCUCUGGAAAAAGUAGGGAAGAGAGCCAUUGAGGCGGAAUUGGUGAGUGCUAAGAAGCAGAAGGUAGCGGAAAAUGCGUCUGAGAUCACGACUGAUACCAUAGAAAUUCAAAAGAAAGUCGAUACCUCCUCCCUGGCAGAUGAUUGUUGUUCCAAGCCCGAGCACUGUAUCGAGGGUAAAGUAUCUGGAGUGGAUGUGCACAUAGUUUCAGUGUUAGAAGGAAAAAUUAAUGUUUUGGACGAAGACACUGUCACAGCUGAGGAGGGGCAUAUAGCUGCUAUCGUUGAGAUAGAUGAACCAAAUUAUGACGUUGACUCUUGCUUUCUGGGUGAAACCAAUUUGUAUGAGGAUGCCCCUGCAGCUAUAUCAUUGAGUAAGAAUGACCCCACAGCUCCCCAAAAGAAUAAGGAAGAAUCAAGUAAGGAUUUUGUCGUUUCCUACGAAGAUGCAGCCUUUCUGAAUGGGGAUGUUACCACAGGCAACCUAUCUUCUCCACUGCCGAGUACAGUGGAAUCACUGGUUUCUGUCGAGGAGAAAGAUGAUUCGAGGAUUUAUGAAUUUGACUCUGCUCAUGAGACUAACAAUGAUGAUAAUGUUGAUACAGCCCAGGAGGAAGAUAUGAUUAAUCAGGAACUGGAAUUAGAUGAUGAAACCAGCAGCUCAGACGAUGAUCUCCACACCCCUACCACUCCCACAGACCAGACAAGUGGCGGAAAAACUUUGUAUGUUGGGAAUCUAUCCUUCUCCGUUGAGCAAGAGGACGUUGAGAAUUUCUUCAAAGCUGCUGGAGAGGUUGUUCAUAUUGGCUUUGCCAUGAACUUCGAUGAAACGUUUAAAGGCCAUGGUUAUGUUGAAUUUGCUUCAGCAGAAGCAGCAGAAAAGGCCCUUCACGAGUUGAAUGGGAAAGAGUUGCUGCGACGUCGUGUAAGACUUGAUUUUUUGAAGGAAAGAGGAUCGGUUACCCGAUACAAUGGUAUUGCAUAUAUAGAGUUCAAGGAAAGGGAUGCUUUUAUCAGAGCAUUAGCAUUGCAUGGAUCUGAAUUUAGAGAGGGCAUCAUGUCUGUGAUAGAGGCAAGGCCAAGAGGUGAUAGUCAAAAUAGCGUUGGCAGUAGCAGAUGCUGUGAGAGUGAGAGGAUUGGUGGGAGGCAUGGUUGGAACAACUUUGGCGGAAGAAGUGGCAUUCGUGAGACUGGUGCUUGGUCUGGAGCUGGUUUUGGGGGGCAGUUGAAUGGAAGAGGUGCUUCAAGCCACUCCAGUGGAAGAGGUGUUUGGGGGCACUCCAAUGGAAGAUAUGCUACUCGCGGCUCCAACGUAAGAGGUCCUUCGUGCGAGUCCAGUGGAAGGGGUGUUUGGGGAGAUUCCAAUGGAAGAGGUGCUUGGGGGAACUCCCGAAUCUUCAAUGGCAGAGGUGCUUCGUGCGACACCGGUGGAAGAAGACGUGAUUGGGGGGUCUCGAAUGGAAGAGGUUGGGGGAACUUCAAUGGAAGAGGUGGUUGGGGGAAUUCCAGUGGAGGAGGUGCUUGGGCAGACCCCAGUGGAGGAGGUUCUUGGGCAGACUCCAGUGGUAGAGGUGUUUGGGGCAACUCCAGUGCCAUGGGUGCUUCACACAACUCCAGUGGAAGAGGUGCUUGGCGAGACUCCAGUGAUAAAGGUGUUUGGAGCAGCUCCAGUGGAGGAGGUGCUUGGGGAAACUCCAGUGAUAGAGGUGUUUUGGGCAACUCCAAUGCCACAGGUGCUUCACGCAGCUCCAGUGAAAGAGGUGUUUGGGGCGACUCUAAUGCAAGAGGCGCAUUGCGCGGCUCCAGUGGAAGAGGUUUGUGGUGGGGAGGCUCCAGUGAAAGAGGUGCUUCACGCGGCUCCAGUGGAAGAGGUUUGUGGUGGGGAGGCUCCAGUGAAAGAGGUGCUUCACGCGGCUCCAGUGGAAGAGGUUUGUGGUGGGGAGGCUCCAGUGAAAGAGGUGCUUCACGCGGCUCCAGUGGAAGAGGUUUGUGGGGUGGCUCCAGUGAAGGAGGUGCUUCGCGCGGCUCCUGUGGAAGAGGUUUGUGGGGCAGCUCCAGUGAAAGAGGUGCUUCGCGCUGCUCCUGUGGAAGAGGUUUGUGGGGCGGCUCCAGUGAAAGAGGUGGUUGGAGCAACUCCAGAGGAAGAGGUGAUUGGGGGAACUCCAGUGGAAGAAGUGGUUGUUGGAGCAACUCCAGGUCCAGGGGAAGAGGUGUUUGGCCGGAAUAGAAUGGAAGAGGUAUACUGGGCAGCUAUACUGAAAUUAAUGAAGUUGGUGGAAGUGGUGUUUGCAUUGGAGGUGGUGGCGGGGGACAAGGAACUCCAACCGAUCCAAUUAUUUCUUCACCUGAAGCUGC